CUCGCUCCUCGCGGGCCGGAUCCUGUGCCCUUGCUGCGGUGAGGCCGAACCUGGCCCUGGCUUCAUUUCAGUGGAGUUGACGGGAGCACCGCGCCGUAGUGAUGACGAGGAAUCAAGCCUGUGGCUCUUGUCCCAACGCAUGCAUAUGCAGCCAGUCUUAGGGCUUCGAGCCUGCCACAGCAUCUGCCAGCACAGCUCGCCCGGGGCACCAGUGCUGAAUCCCGGAGAAGAAGAUUCCCUCAGAGUUUCCUACCAAGCCAGUGGGAAGAAGCACAGAGCCUGACCAGACAGGAGGUCAGAAAUCAAAGCCUGCAAGUUUUCUGCAAUCAUGGGUACUUUCCCAAGGACACUCCUGGGCCUGGGAUGUAUCCUAACAGGACCAUGGCUAACAUUUUGCCAGCUUCCAUUGCCAACUAUAUUUCCAAAUAAAAAUGAAAUGGUUGUGCAGUUGAAUUCCUCUUUCACCCUGAAAUGCUCUGGGGACAGCGAAGUGAGCUGGCAAUACCCUAUGGCUGAAGAAAACCAGAAAAUAGACAUUAGACUUGAAGAGAACAACAGUGGCCUCUUUGUGACUGUGCUUGAAGUAGGAGAUGCCUCAGCUGCUCUUACUGGAUUAUACACUUGCUAUUACAAUCAUACCCAAGUGGAGGAUGGUGAAGUAGAGGGGACGGAUAUUUACAUCUAUGUACCUGAUCCAGAUAUCCCUUUUGUUCCUACGCUACAAGAGGAUCAAUUCAUUCUAAUAGAAGAAGGCGAUUCCACUGUUAUCCCUUGUCGUACAACUGACCCUGAUGCUCAAGUAACCUUAAUUAACAGUGAAGCCAAGCCCUUAUAUGCCUUUUAUGAUAGCAAGCAGGGCUUCAUAGGAAAUUUUCCUGCAGGCACAUACACAUGCAAAACAACUGUUAAAGGAGUGGAGUUCAAGUCCGAUGAGUUCUUUAUAUAUAUUUUGAGAGCUACUUCACAGCUGCCAGUUAAGAUUGAAGCCCUUAAAACUGUAUAUAAAAAAGGCGAAACCAUUGUUGUAACAUGUGUGGUCUCUCACAAUGAGGUUGUUAAUUUAGAUUGGAAUUAUCCAGGGAAAGUGAAAGAAAAAGGUGUGAUAAAACUUGAUGACAUAAAAGUUCCACACCAGAAGCUGGUUUACACCUUGACUAUUCCGGAGGCAUCAGUGAAAGACACUGGGGAUUAUGAAUGCACUGCCAGACAUGCAACCAAGGAGGUUAAGGAAAAUAGGAGAGUAGUCAUUACAGUUCACGACAAAGGAUUCAUUCAUCUGGAGCCCCAGUUUAGUCCUUUGGAAGCUGUCAAUCUCCAUGAGGUCAAAAAUUUUGUAGUUGAUGUGCACGCAUAUCCAACUCCAAAAAUGUUCUGGCUGAAGGACAAUGUGACCCUGAUUGAGAAUCUUACCGAGAUUGUUACUAGUUCAAAUAAGAUCCAUGAGACAAGGUUUCAAAGUACAUUAAAACUGAUUAGAGCUAAGGAAGAAGACAGUGGAUAUUACACCUUGGUUGCUGAAAAUGAAGAUGAGACUAAAAGAUAUACUUUCUCAUUACUAAUACAAGUUCCAGCCUUAAUUCUAGACCUGGUGGAUAAUCAUCAUGGCUCAGCCGGAGGACAGACAGUAAGGUGCUUGGCAGAAGGGACACCUCUUCCUGAUGUUGAAUGGCUAAUUUGCAAGGACAUUAAAAAAUGCAGCAAUGAUACCUCAUGGAUACUUCUGACUAGCAACAUCUCAGAUAUUAGCAUGGAGGCUCAUUUGGAUGAGAAGAACAUGGUGGAAAGCCAGGUGACCUUCCAGAAGGUAGAAGAAACCCUGGCAGUUCGGUGCAUUGCAAGGAACGACCUUGGUGCUGUUACUCGGGAGCUGAAGCUUGUGGCUCCUACAUUGCGAUCAGAGUUAACUGUGGCUGCUGCAGUCCUAGUGUUGUUAGUAAUUGUGAUUAUCUCACUGAUUGUCCUGGUCAUCAUAUGGAAACAGAAGCCACGAUAUGAGAUAAGAUGGAGAGUCAUUGAAUCAAUCAGUCCUGACGGCCAUGAAUACAUCUAUGUGGACCCAAUGCAACUGCCAUAUGACUCAAGAUGGGAGUUUCCUAGAGAUGGAUUAGUCCUUGGUCGAAUUCUUGGUUCUGGUGCAUUUGGCAAAGUUGUUGAGGGAACUGCAUAUGGGUUAAGUCGCUCUCAACCAGUGAUGAAGGUAGCUGUGAAAAUGCUGAAACCCACAGCGAGAUCCAGCGAAAAACAAGCACUAAUGUCUGAACUGAAGAUAAUGACACAUCUUGGGCCACAUUUGAACAUUGUGAAUCUGUUAGGAGCUUGUACCAAAUCAGGUCCAAUUUACAUCAUUACUGAAUACUGCUUUUAUGGAGAUUUGGUAAACUACUUGCAUAAGAAUAGAGAUAAUUUUCUAAGCCGACACCCAGAAAAGCUGAAGAAGGACUUGGACAUCUUUGGCAUGAACCCAGCUGAUGAAAGCACAAGAAGUUAUGUAAUUUUAUCCUUUGAAAACAAUGGAGAAUACAUGGACAUGAAACAAGCUGAUACGACCCAGUAUGUGCCCAUGCUGGAAAGGAAGGAGGGUUCUAAAUAUUCUGAUAUCCAGAGAUCUAUGUAUGAUCGACCUGCUUCAUACAAGAAGAAAUCCAUGUCAGAAUCUGAAGUCAAGAACCUACUUUCUGAUGACAGUUCUGAAGGCCUCAGCCUAUUGGACUUACUGAGCUUCACCUAUCAAGUAGCACGGGGAAUGGAGUUCUUGGCUUCUAAAAAUUGUGUGCACCGUGACUUGGCAGCUCGUAAUGUCCUUCUAGCUCAAGGAAAAAUUGUGAAGAUCUGUGACUUUGGUCUGGCUAGGGACAUCAUGCAUGAUUCCAACUAUGUCUCCAAAGGCAGUACAUUUCUUCCAGUGAAAUGGAUGGCACCUGAGAGCAUUUUUGACAAUCUGUACACAACAUUAAGUGAUGUCUGGUCUUAUGGCAUUCUACUGUGGGAAAUAUUUUCUCUUGGUGGCACACCUUACCCUGGAAUGAUGGUUGAUUCUACUUUCUAUAACAAGAUAAAAAGUGGCUACCGAAUGGCAAAACCUGACCAUGCCACCAAUGAGGUGUAUGAGAUCAUGGUGAAGUGUUGGAACAGUGAACCAGAAAAAAGACCUUCUUUUUACCAUUUGAGUGAAAUUGUUGAGUGUCUAUUGCCCGGAGAGUACAAAAAGAGCUAUGAAAAGAUUCAUCUGGACUUCCUAAAAAGUGACCACCCAGCUGUCACACGCAUGAGAGGGGACUGUGACAACACCUAUAUUGGUGUCACCUACAAGAAUGAAGACAAACUCAAGGAUAGGGAGAGCGGAUUUGAUGAGCAGAGGCUGAGUGCUGACAGUGGAUACAUCAUCCCUCUGCCUGACAUUGACCCUGUAUCUGAAGAUGAGCUUGGCAAAAGAAACAGGCACAGUUCCCAAACAUCUGAAGAAAGUGCUAUUGAGACUGGUUCCAGCAGCUCUACCUUUAUCAAGAGAGAGGAUGAGACCAUUGAGGACAUUGACAUAAUGGAUGACAUUGGAAUAGAUUCCUCAGAUCUGGUUGAGGACAGCUUCCUGUAAUUCUCAUGGAAUCAAAAAGACAUCUUCAAGCUACGUAAAAAGGGAAGCUGCCAUACAACUUGCAGACUAUUACUCCAGAGAGAACCACUUUACUGCAAUGCAAAGGAUGUGAGGAGAGUUUGGAUAUGUAAAGAGAAGUUCCCAGUAAUGAUCAUCAUCCUGAAACAGAAAGAAGUUGAAGUCAACUUUUUAGUGUUGCUUCUUGCAUACUUCAGUAGUAUUUCAGUGUGGUUUGCAGUCUGAAUAGGUAGAAGGACAAAGGAAAAGACCAUAAACAGACCAGCUUGUGUUUCAAGGGCAUUCAUGACUCCGAUGGAUAGAAUUUCCACUGCAGCAAAACUUCACUGUUGUAAUUAUGUAAAUAAGCGUCUCCUCAAGGAACUUUUGAGGUGCACAUUGACAAUACUUUAUGGACUAUAGAAGAGAUCACUCUUGAUUUUUGUAUACUUCCUUCUCAAUGUCAGCUGCUGUUAAACUACCACGUGCAUGAAGUACAUGCAAAAACCACUUUUGAAACAUAAAGGUACUGACUGGCACUACAUAACAUUAUACUUUUUACAGUUAAUGAAAAUAAAAGAGAAUAAUAAUAAUUAAAAAAACCUUCUAUAAUAGGGGUUAGAAGCCUAGUAAGUCUUUAUUAACUGUAGAAGAUAGCUGUUUUCAUAAUAAUACUACUGUUUUCAGUAACACUAAAUAUAUAGUUUAUAACUCAUUGUCCUUCAGCAAAAGCACAAUGUUUAAAAAACCAUUAUUAAAUAAGUAAAGAGAUUUAAGAUUCAAAUGCUGGUAUGAAAGAGCAGUGGUUUUUAACUGAUCACAUUAUGAUAUGUCUGGUGAGCUAAAUCCAGCUUAGGAAGAACAUGUUUCUUCUAGAAGAAGUUCAGAUUUGAUUUUCUACCAUCUGCUGAGUGGCUUUCCCAAUAAGAUAUAUUAAAAGCAAUCAAUCAAUCUUUGAUUUACUGAUUCUUUUUAAAAUGUAGAGCUAUUUUUAAACGUACUAGUUUAUACCAUGUUUCUCAUGUUACUGUUCAAUAGAAGAAUGAGCAAUCAACAGCAACAGCAUUGUUAGUGUUUAAAUAACAUGUUGCAUAUCUAUUCAAAGGAAUUUAUUUUGAGGUCAAAUGUGAAAAACUGAUUUAUUAUUUCAACUGUACAAGAUGUUAACAAGGAAAUAUAUGACUAUCAUUUCUCAACAAAUGUUGAGAAUGUUGUUUUAGUUCUCAGGUUUAAGUAAAAGUAAAGAAGGCUGACUGUAUUAUCUUUGCCAGCACUAAGAGAAGUAAUUGCUUCCAAGUGUAUUGGUAGUUUUAAUCUGCCCCCUCACUUACAAAGGAGGGAGCACAAAAAUUAAUCCACUUGUGGUCUGCAAUGCUUGUUUGCUGACACGGUAUGUCUGAAAGUGUUAUGAUUAUUGCUAUCACUGUAUGAUAUAUUAUUGAUAUAGAAUACUUGGGAAGACUUACAGAUUAAAUUAAGGUACGUGCCUGCAACAGGCCACAUCUUUCUCUGGUGCUCAGCUUUUAAACUCAUUAACAAUCAAGUGCACUGAGUACAUCACAUAGGCCAGGUAUAGACAUUACACUUUUACCAGCAUAAGUGAUUGGAAAACAGUCUAUAACCAUAACAGAACAGAAGUUUGGCACAAAAAAUACAGUCUAUAGCGAUAACAGAAGUUCAGCACAGACAAACUGGUUUAAAAAUGGCAGAACCCAGUCUAAGAUUUGUCCCUCCCACCAAAGGGCAAAUGUGUGUUCUGUUUGCUACCAAUCUAAACUAUGCCACUUACAGAAAACCUCAUGAAUUAGAUUGAUUCCACAAGCUUUUUGAAUGUCUAUAACUAGCCAUAAAGUGCUCAGCACCUAACAUGACACAAACAAUGCAAAUGCAAUACAAAAUCAAGCUUGUGUUGUAAUUGUUUCCUAGUUGGCAUGUCUACACUUGCAUUUAUGCUGGUUUAAAUUCACUGCACAGUAAAUUACUGCACAGUAAGGGGGAAUAGGCUAGUGUCUACACAUGCAACUGUUAAAGCACAUUUACGCUGUGUGUGGACUGACUUGGAACUAAAGUUAGUCCCACGUCAGUCCUUACACACAGCGGUACUGCACAGUAAGGCAUCUACACAUGUGUUACUGCGCAGUAACUAAUUGGGCAUAAAUUUGAUACCUGCAUAAUGCAAGUAUUAAAUUUACGCUCAAGUUGGCAUAAGUCACCAUAUUUACUGUGCAGUAUGGGAAUGCACCUGUAGACAUACGCCCAUACUGUGCAGUAAUUUCCAUUUCUGUGCAGUAAAUGUGCAUGUGUAGACAUGCCCAGUAAGUAUGGACCAGGAAAUACUAACUAAAAGAACAAACUGACUGGAUUCUGAAUAACAAACUACAACUAAACUUGAAGGACCAGUUGGACCCUUUGACAUGCAGCACAACUCCUGUUGACUUCAGUUGGUGAUAGUGAGCAGAGAGCAAAUGUAACACUGAGUGUUAUAGGUAACUUGUUAUGGGUCUGAAUUUCAAAAUGUCAUAAAAUCAAGGCUGCGUGCAAAAGUUUGCAUACAGAAAAUUAUGACUGCAAGUUAGGUGCAUAUUUUCAAAACUGGGUGCGAUUAGCAGUUAGAACGAGCUACCAAAAGAGGCAGUGUUUUCUUCAUCUCUUACUAAAUCAUAACUGGAAGCCUUUCUGGAAAAUGUUUUAGUCAAGCACAAGUGACUGGGCUCAAUGGUGUAACAGGGCUUGUGAUAGACAGGAUAUUGAGUUAGGUGAUCUAACAGGCCUCUCCAGCCUUUAGACUGCAGGCUAUUUGAAACCACGGGUAGCUUAAUUUGGGUGUGCAGUCACAGCAACCGUAUGAUCAGAGCUCUGUAUAGUUGCAAGGGAUCCAACCAUGCACAACUCAUUUCAGGAUAGGGACCAUACUUUUUAGCUUGGGGGGAAAAAUACUUGGAUUUUAAUCUAAUAGGGGGUUGGUUUGUUUUCUUUUGUUUUCAGUAUUACUGAUUUUUUUAUGGCUUAAUUUUGAGAAGCCACUAGAAGAGAUGCUCCCAAUUCCUUCUGUGUAGUAACUGUAUAAUGACAAUCAAACUUUGCCUAUGAAACACACCUUUUGAUUUUGAAUGGCCAAUUGAUUCUUUAUAAUGUGGUCUGGAACUUGUACAAAAUGGUCCUAUUAUGUGAUGAAGGACGUAAGAUAUGGUGAUGUUAUACAUCAAUAUGUAUAUAAGUAUUUUUAUAUAGACUUCUAGAAUACUGCCAAAACAUUUAUCCAAGCUGUACCACUGCCUUUGUUUAAAUUUUUUUUUUUACUGUGAUAUACUCCACAGGCACGUUAACUGUUGCACUUUUGAAUGUCCAAAAAUUAUAUUUUAGAAUAAUAAAAAAGUAAGUGUUUCCAAAAUGGUGGUUUGUUGUGAAAUGUUUGAAGAAGGGCAAACUGGCAUGAGUGACCACAGGCACAAAAUGUAUUAAAAAUGCCCCUGUUCAGAUUUUGUCUUAAAACUUGUAAAUGAAGAUCUUUAUAUUUCAAUAAAUGAUAUAUAAUUUAAAGAUA